AUGGGGACUCCUGAUUCGGCCCCAACUCAAAUUGUGGGGACUGGACGCCCGGACCAGGCCGCGAAAACUGGAGAGAGUCUGGAGGGACCUGGGGAGGCCUGGAGAAAGCCGGAGAACAGGAUGCAAUGGGGAAAUCCUGGAAACUGGAGAUUCACCGAGAGCCCAAAUGGGCUGGUCGACCUUUGCCCGGCGACUGUGGAGGCCGGCGAAUUCGUGGAGUUUGAUCGGAUGAUUAGUCGAAUCACGGAAGAACUAACCAUCUCCUCGGCAUCGUCAGGCGGCUUGCCGUCUGACACGGGCAAGUGGAGUGAUGAGGAUUCCGAGCAGAUCACUUUUUCCCGCAAUCUCGUCUGCCGUCCCGAAAAGGCUUUCCGAGAAAAUAUCGGCAGGAUCACGAAGCCCCAAGCCAUGCUCGGCCACAUUCCGGCCAUUACGUUUUGGAUCGAGCCCGGCGACUCCUCGGCGAAUUGUGGGCUAAACGUCCCCCACUCGGAGUUCCAGGUCCCGCGGGGGGGAUAUCUUGGAACAGGGAAACUGGAUCCCGACGAGUUCUUGGUUUCUGUUGCUCGUGUUGACCUUGACAUUGACGUCUGCGGGAUGGAAUGCCGUGUGCAGCACAUGGCCUGA